GCCGUAUUUAAUUUUUCCAGCACAGAACUGUGAUCAGUGAUCAUAUUGUAUUUUUUGUAUUUGUUUUAAUUUAUUUUACUUUUUAUGUGUACAUUAAUUUUAACAAUCACUAUUUAACUUCUGAAUACAUUAUUAUAUGUCGAGUUUUUGAAUAAUUAAAAAAGGUUACAAUUGAUUAUGAAUCGAGAUGAACAUCUUUCUUGGUUUCAUGGAAAGGUUUCACGAGAAUACGCCGAAGAACUUAUAAGAAAUGAGGGUGGUGAAGAUGGUACGUUUUUAGUACGGGAAAGUAAUACAGCUGCUGGCGAUUUUGUAUUGACGUUAUUGUACCAGGGCGAGGUUUGUCAUUAUCAAAUACGACGUCAUGGUGAAGAUGCCUUCUUCUCGAUUGAAGAUAAAGUCAAAAUUCUUCACGGUUUGGACACUUUGGUCGACUUUUAUCAGCAAGCUGCAAAUGGUUUAGUAACGAAACUUACUAAACACAUACGAAAAGAUCCUCCUCCCAAUGACACGCGAAGCCAUGGCAGUACCAACCUUCUGCAUCGAGCCGUAAUGAACAAUAAUCAUGUAGUUGUAUCGGAACUUCUUAAAUGUGGUUACAGAAACGUAGAUGCCAAGAAUCAACAUGGACAGACGGCAAUGCACCUGGCUGCCUUGCAUGGCGAUCAAACAAUGUUAAAUUUAUUGCUUAAUGCUGGUGUAAGUGUAAAUUGUAUGGAUACUGAUAACUAUAUGCCACUACAUUAUGCCUGUCGUCAUCAGCCAGCUCUGUUUAUACAAACUCUAAUUGCGGCCAAUGCUAAUGUUCAGGGACGAAAUAUAAAAAAUGGCUAUGUUCCAUUGCACGAAGCGGCCAAACAUGGCAAUUUGGAUGCCGUUAAGGAGUUAUUGGCUGUUAAAGCUCCUCUGUUGCCACGCACAUCUAUGGGUGAAUUUCCAAUUGAUUUGGCUAAGGAAGCCAAUCAUAUAGAAGUAGUUUCGUUUUUAGAGGCGUACAAAUUGGGGCCAGCGAAUGCCUUCAAAUCUCAAUGGUACCAUGGAACAUUGACGAGAGAUGAGGCGGUAAAUGUUUUAAAGAGUUUUGCUGCAAAUAUGCAAAGAGACAAACUUGAUUCCUCAAACGCAUCUACGUUGAACGAAAAUGUCGAUACGUCUGGUUGUUUUUUGGUGCGUUUUUCGGAAAGAAAAAAUGUAGGUUCAGGCUACGUUCUCACUUUGCUUUUUGACAAUGUUGCUAAAAAUUUUAUUAUAUCACAAUCGUCCAAAUAUUUGUUCAUUGAUGAUGGUCCGUUUUUACCGUCGUUGGAACAUUUAGUGGAGCAUUUUAUGCGUUUUGCAGAUGGUUUACCAGUUAAUCUUAAAUAUCCUGUUGUACCGAAACCAAAACCACCUUUGCCUUUAUUUUCUACUAUGCCGAGAUCCAGUCAUAAGAAAUCAUCUGAUGCCAUACUUGUGCCACAAAGUAAAAAAAAAUCCACUGAUGAAGGUUCACAGAAUACUCUUCACAAUUUGCCACAAAAACAUACACACACGCUUGCAACAAUUCAUCAUCACAACAACAUAAAGAAAAAACCUAAAGAAAAUACGAAUUCUGUAUUUAAUACUCUUCGAUUACGAAGUCCCAAAAAGUCAGGAUUAUUGGAAAGUAUGAGUACAUUGAGAAAAAAUAAACAAAAGCAAAAGUCGCAUUCGGUAGAAGAUAAAAAUGGCGUAAGUCUAAAUGACGAAGAACAAUUGAAACAAGCUGAGACCUUGUUAAAGGGUCUAUCAUUUUCAACAGAAUUUUCCGGUCUAAACACAAGUGGAAAGAAUAGUGGCAUCGUAAACUCUGAUGAAUUUUACAAUGUUCCCAAAAACAAUUCAGCUAUUGACAGAAAUGCAAUACUAAAAGAAAUUCAAGAUGCCAGUUCCAAAAUCUCGUCAGAAAUUGAAAAAAAGACUGAUGAAGAAGUUGAAUAUUUCACUAAAAGUGAUUUAGUAAUUGAACGUGAACGCAGCAAUAAGUUGUGCCAAAAUUCACUCCUUGUGCCAAAUGCUAAUGGAUACAUACCAACAGUUGAUAUUAGAGUAUUCAUGGAACGUUCAGAUCCUGGUGUAGAAUUUCAUUCGAAUGAUAUGUUGGAGGCUUCUGCAGCAGAAUUGCGAGAAUUUUCCAAACAUCCAGAACGUCUCGACUCUCUAAUAUCUACAACAUCAAAUGAAAGUGCUAUUGCUCGCUAUUUAAACCGACAAACCAGUAACAUAUCGAUAACAACCCAAGUUUCAGAAGCAGCUUGCGCUGUAUCAGGCGUUGAAGUUGCAAAACCAAAUUAUCUUAUAUCGAGAGAUUGUUUGAUACUAGAAUCUAUUGUCGGGGAGGGUGAAUUUGGUUCUGUUUAUAGGGGAUUUUUACUACAAAGAAAUACUGAAUCUGGAGCUGAAGUUAAACGUCGUGAAGUUGCCAUUAAGACUCUACGUGAUGAACAUUGUCGCAGUAAUAAACAAGAAUUUUUACGCGAGGCUUCAGUAAUGAUACGUCUUAAACAUCACUGUAUUGUCCAGUUAAUCGGAAUAUCAAAAGGUGAUACAUUAAUGAUGGUUCAGGAAUUAGUCCCACUUGGUUCCAUGUUGCAUUUCAUACUAGAUCACAGAGACCAAAUUAAUCCAAAUUAUGAAUUGAAAUUGUGGGCAUCUCAAAUUGCUUGUGGCAUGCAAUAUUUAGAGCAUCAUCAUUAUGUACAUCGCGAUUUGGCAGCUCGAAAUAUUUUACUUGCAUCUCGAAAUCAGGCUAAAAUAAGUGAUUUUGGUUUAUCACGCGCAUUAGGCAAUGACAAUGAGUGUUAUCAAGCCAGUCAAGGUGGAAAAUGGCCCAUUAAAUGGUACGCCCCCGAAAGCUAUAACAAUGGCAUUUUCUCACAUGCUAGUGAUGUAUGGUCCUUUGGUAUCACACUUUGGGAAAUGUUUUCAUUGGGAGAACCGCCUUAUGGUGAUAUACUUGGUAGAGAUGCAAUACAACUAAUUGAACAUGGCCAACGUUUGCCACAGCCACAUCUUUGUCCAGAUCAUAUUUAUAAAAUUAUGCAAAACUGUUGGAAUUACAAACCCAAGGAUCGUCCAACAUUUCGUUAUUUGACCGAUUUCUUUGCUCGAGAUCCAGAUUAUCAAAACAUUUUGGAGUUGAUAAAAACUGAAAAUAUAUCUUAAUGUCAAAAACGGAUUAUGAAUCUACGUGCAAUUUAAAAUUAAUUCACAUAUUUUUAAUGAUUUAAUGUUGACGUUGACAUUAACGUGUGAAUAAGUAUAAUAAGUGAUUACAAUUCUGUAAAAAAUUGGUAUAUGUAUUAUGUCUAUCUCAUUGUGUCAAAUAGGAAGUUUUUUCCUAAAAAAUUAACUCAUUUAAUGUUUUAUCAAUAAGUAUUAUGUUAAACAAUUCCAUUCUUGAUUAUAUUUUUUUUAAUAAAAAUUGUUAAAAUCUA